AGCUGCGGAGCCGCCUUAGCACCUGUCGGUCGCUGAGUCCCGGAGCCGGCGCCCCUGACUCCGUCGGGGCCAGGAAGGGGGGCCAUGGUUUCCCUGCCCAGGUCCCCAGCGACCAACUUGCUGCGGUUUUUGUUCCUGGGGCUGAGUACCCUCGCGUCCCCCUCGCAGGCCCAGCUGGAGCUCCACGUGCCCGCUGGCCUCACCAAGCUGAAGGCAGUGGAAGGAGCAGAAGUGGUGCUCCCGGUGUGGUACACCCUGCAAGGGCAGGUGUCCUCCGGCCAGACGUGGGAGUUGCUCACCGUGAUGUGGUUCUUGGAACAAGAAGGGAAGGAUCUGAACCAGGUGUUGGCAUACAUCAACAGGUUGACAAGCAAACAGAGGGUAUCCCUAGAUUCUCCAUGCCCUCCCUGGCGUGUGGCGCUCUUGACUGCCCAGGACAUUGCCUCCGGGAGAAAGACUCCCGGUCCCUACGGCACCUCUGUGAAUACGAAUGUGCGAGACCAUCAAGGCAUAAAUAGGAGCCUAGCAGCAAAACUUUGCAGGGCUUUCAGUGGUGCUGGCACUGCAAUACCAGUGGGGCCAGGCACCCCAUCCGCCCAGAGUUUUCUUUGCACCAGUUUAGAUGCCAUCCGGGGGUCUUUAAGCCUCACAAACCUUUCCAGUUCCAUGUCCGGAGUCUAUAUCUGCAAGGCCCACAAUGAGGUGGGCAGCGCCCAGUGCAAUGUGACCUUGGAAGUGAGCACAGGGCCAGGGCCUGCUGUUGUUGCUGGAGCUGUUGUAGGCACUCUGGUUGGACUAGGACUGCUCGCUGGACUGGUCCUCUUGUACCAUCGCCGGAGCAAGGCCCUAGAGGAGCCGGCCAAUGACAUUAAGGAGGACGCCAUUGCUCCCCCGACCCUGCCCUGGCCCAAGGGCUCAGACACAAUCUCCAAGAACGGGACCCUUUCAUCUGUCACCUCAGCACGAGCCCUCCGGCAACCCCAAGGUCCUCCCAGGCCUGGUGCACUGACCCCCACACCCAGCCUUUCCAGUCAGGUCCGGCCCUCACCCAGGCUGCUCAGGACAGAUGGGGCCCACCCUCAGCCAACAUCCCCCAGCCCUGGUGGGGUGUCUUCCUCCACUCUGAGCCGCAUGGGUGCUGUCCCCGUAAUGGUGCCCGCCCAGAGUCAGGCUGGGUCUCUGGUGUGAUGGUCCAGCCACUUGCUAGCUAAGCUAUCUGGUUUAUCCCCUUCUUCUAGCGGUCACCCCUAGCACAGAGGCCUGAGUCUUGGGAGACCACCUUCUAGACCUCCAGUCCUCUGCCCCCACCUUUCUUUCCUAUGGGAAAACUGAGUCUCAGUUAAGACUCAAAUUUUCAGGAGGUAGAAGGGGAAGUGGACCUCAGAUUAUGAAGAGCGUCCGCCCCCUUGCCCAGUUCUCUCAGUGGCUCUAGUGAAUGCUGCUGAGGUUGGCUGCCUGCCCACUGGGGCCCUGGUGGGGACUGCCAGUCAGGGAGUCCUCCAGGCCCCCUUGAUCUGUACUCCACCCCAUCUAACAUCACCCUUCACUCCUGAGCCAGCUCCCUGCAUUCAGAUAACCUGUCCUGCUGGCUUGGCUGGGUUUUGCUGGGGCAGGGGAUAGAGAAGGUAUUUUUUAAACUAACUUGAAAUGUCUGUUUUUGUUUUUAUUUUGCAAAUUUUAAUAAAGAUGCAUUGUGUUUGUAUGGAAA